AUGGAGGAUAAGGCGUCGUCGCCGCUGAUCCCGCCGCCGUCGGAGAUCGACCUGGAGGCGGGCGGCGGCGGGGAGCAGCUCCAGUGCCGGAUCUGCCUCGAGACCGACGGGAGGGACUUCAUCGCGCCCUGCAAGUGCAAGGGGACGUCCAAGUACGUGCACCGCGACUGCCUCGACCACUGGAGGUCGGUAAAGGAGGGAUUUGCAUUUUCCCAUUGUACCACCUGCAAGGCUCCAUAUUACUUGAGGGUUCAUUCCCACACUGACAGGAAAUGGCGAACACUGAAGUUUCGUUUCUUUGUUACUAGAGAUAUAUUAUUCAUCUUUGCUCUAGUCCAGAUUGUCAUAUCUGCAUUGGCAUAUUUGGUACAUUUUAUUGAUGGGUACCAGCAAUAUUGGUUAAGGACAGCCUGGGGUUUUGAUAAUGAAGUUAGUUUUUAUUAUAUAUGUGAGUACGGAAUGACUUGGCUCAGCCUUGUCGAGAAUUAUGUCUUUGUUGCUGUCAACCAGGAUUGCCAUCUACCUGGCACGCUCUGCAUGUGGACUGACUGCACUACCUGCUUCGAAGGCUGCGCUACCACCGCCGGCGAGUGUGGUGGUUGCUUGGGAGGUGCUGGGGAAGCCGGGCUACCGCUGCUCCUCAUCAUGGGGGUUAUUGUGCUUGGGCUUUUCACGGUUAUCGGCGUAUUCUACAGUGUCCUGGUCGCUACAAUGGUUGGCCAGCGUAUCUGGCAGCGGCAUUAUCACAUUCUUGCCAAACGAAUGCUAACCAAGGAAUAUGUUGUAGAGGAUGUCGAUGGCGAGUGCACAGACUGGUGUCCGCCGCCACUACCCGCGGAGCACAUCAGCCAGCUGAAGUCUCUGGGGCUUCUAUAG